AUGCUGCCGGAAUUCCGAAUUGGAAUUCCCCGCUGGAAUCCGCUUUUUCCAAGCUCGCAAAUUUCCAAAUUGGAAUUCCCCAUAACAAUUGGCCUNCUCCGCCUCCAAAAAUGCACACAAAUAGCGGACUUCCUCUUGCUCCCACACGCGCUGUUGCCGUUUGAAAUGUAUCGCAGGCACCUCCAAGGCGAAGACCUUCAUGGAGAAACCAUCGACCGUCCUAACCAAGUUCAAGAGCUACAGGGCCGAGUACACGAAAGUGUGGCUCUGGAUUGACACGUAAGUUUUGCGGGCAAGUCGGAUUCCCAGCGCAGCUUAUUUCCCUCUCUCGUGGCGUCGCACACUCUCCGAAAACCGGGAGACGAAAGCAAUGCAACCCUAAUUUCGUGUGUGGAAAACAAAAUCGACGGUGCUUGACGUGAGGAUCUUCGUAAAAUCACGAGGGUUCCUCAUGCCUGUGUUGGUCAAGCAUGUGUGUGCGUGCGUGUGUUUGUCGUUGAGUAGUCUACACAAAACUGGAGGAUGAAGACACCCACACACUUUCAUUGGUCAGCCGGUUAGCGCGGUCGAUGCCAAAAAUUAAAAUACAAACACACACAUAGCGACAGAGACAUGGACAAGGGAGGAGGGAGACACACCACCGGGAGAGCGAGACGGGAGGGUGUGCCCUGUACUACUGCUGUUGGCUAUCGGUGGAGUAAGCGAGAGAAGCGAAGAAGCGUUUGGUUGUUGUGCGUCGUUGUUGUUGCGCGCUUUUUGCCAGCAGCGUUUUUUUUUUCGCAUGAAUCAGCGAGAGAGGCCCUUCUUGGAAGAGAGAGCCACACCAACACGCUACUAGACGCCACCAUUGAUUGUGCAUGCACUGCUGUGCACCUCAUUUUACUUUUGUGCGAGGGCCUUCUGCUGUGGAGUGUCACCUGUGCCUUCCCUGCUAGUCUGGUCACCUAUCAAACGCGUGCCUUUGAGUUGCCAAUUCAAAAACAGGAAAGAAACGUUUAGAUAAUGGGCACAUAUUGUUUUUCUGC